UUGGGCGAGAAGCAGUAAUAGGUGAAACAAAACAAGGAACAAAAAACACGAGAGGAUGGACAUUCCAACGACAACAAUGGCCCUCAACAAUAGCGGAAGCAACGGCGAAAGGAUAAAGUGAAAAGACGAUGAAAAUAUUUUAUUUUUUUUUAAAUGUAAAGAAUUGAGGGCUGGUACAUAAUUUUUAAGCGAAGUAUCGAGGGAAGGGGGUGUUUUGAGGUGGUCAUUUUGGAUAAAGAAAAAUGAUUGUCCGCCGUCAUACGUUGUCAACGAGGCGCGCGGAAGAGGAAGUGAAUAAAAGUAAAUAAUGGCCAAAAGCUGGUCCUUGGCAAAAGGACAUCUGUCUCGUGCUUAUCAUCGUUUCGUCUUUAGAUUUGAAAAAUCCUCAAAGUUAAGAUUAUUAUAAAAGAAAUUGGGGAUACAAGUAAGACGGGAACUAAAAAUUUAAAGAGAAUUUUGAAUUAUGGAUAAUAAACAUCGAAUUUACUUCCUUUAUAAAUUUGUAGUUUGGGUAUGGGUAGAAAUUACGAAUUUUUCACUGACGGAUUGUGCACUGACGGAUUUUCCACUGCCGAAUUUUCCAAUGACGGAUUGUCCACUGACGGAUUUUCCAAUGCCGGAUUGACCACUGACGGAUUGUCCGGCCACGAGAAAUUUCUUUGCUAGUUGUAGCUUUGCGCCGAUAUUUCCCUGCGCGACCUGUCCCGAAAUUAAUUAGAAUUUGACCAUGGGGUGUAAACAAUAUUUUCUAAAUAAAUUCAUUAAAUUCGUUGAACAUAUUCUUGUUUACAUACUUUUAAUUUUCAGAAAUGGAUAAUUCAUUUUCACAACGGAAGAGACAAAUGAUUACAAAAUCUGGAAUUGGUUUUCUUCUACAGCAUAUGAGAGGAUCAACUCAUGAAACAAAUUCAACUGAUGAUGAAAGCGAAGGAGAACCUAGCAGUCCAAAACGAGAUAAGAUACAAGAAAAUGCUGAAAAUCAAGUUGUUAUCCCUAAAUUAACCAAAAUAUCUGAAGAUCUUUCACUACCGUUAGACGAAAGUUUUUAUUCUAAUUUGAAGCCUUUUCAAGAAAUUUCUGAUUGCUUCAAGGAGGGAACAACGCCUAAUUUUGAUACUCAUAUUCGUCGUUUUACUGGUGAAAAUAAUUAUGUGCGAAGUUGCAAAUGGUCUAUAGAUGGUAAUUGGCUAAUUUCAGACUCUUUAGAUCGGUAUGUCCGGGUUUUUGAGUUUCGUGAUUUUCUUCCUGCUGAUGGGCACCAAAAGCAGCGUCUGCUUCAUACGUCUCAUAAACUGACAUUUGGUGGGUUGAUUUAUGACUUAAACUGGCAUCCAACACUAAAUAUUUUUGCUACCACAAAUAAGGGUUCUCCUAUUCAUUGUUGGAGUGCUUCAGUUAACGAAACAAAGUUAUUUUCUUCAUUUCGAGGGAUUAAUGACAAGGAUGAAUUAGAUUCCGCUUAUUCUCUCUGUUUUUCUAUUGAUGGUCAACACCUUUUUGCUGGUUUCAAAAAUUGUGUGCAAAAAUCAACUAUGAAAACGCAAAAGGGUAUUAUUUCCUCUUUAGCAAUGUGUCCAACUUUUGAUGGCGUUUUUGCAGUUGCCUCUUAUUCCGGAACUUUAGGGCUUUAUUCUACACAAACAAAUGCUUGCGAUUCACUUAUUGGAUCUAAUGAUGGAUCGACACCAAUAACUCAUUUGCAAUAUUCAUCUUGUGGAAAUUUAUUAUUUGCUGGACGUAGAAAGAGUCCAUUUAUUCAAUGUUACGAUGUUCGCUUACCAACUAAGUUACUUUACAAUUUUCAACGUGAAUCAAUAACAAAUCAGCGCAUUUAUUUUCAAUUAGAUUUUAAUGAUCAUUACCUUUACAGUGGAAGUAGUGCUGGCGAUUUGCUUAUUUAUGAUUUAAAAAAGUGUAAUAAAGGAUUAAACCAACAAGAGCUUAAAACUGAAUUUGUGGAGCCUGCUCAUAAAAUUAGAUGUUCCGAGGCGGCUGUCACAGGAUUAAGUUUGCACCCAUGCGAACAAUUUAUCGCCGUUUCUACGGGUCAACGGCUAUUUCCUUCCAGUUUGUUGCUCAACCAACUAUUUGAUGAUAAUAAUUCUUUAAAUGAAACAAAAAAUGGCGAUGAUAAUAAUAAUGAAUAUAUUUCUCGAGGAAAAGGCUCUUUAUUAGACAAUUCAAUAAAAUUGUACAAAUUUGAUUAA